AUGGAGCCGCACGCGGGCGCGGCCUGUGUGAACAUUGGCAGCCUGACCAGCACCUUGCCAGCCAUUCCCUACCAGAAACUGACGGACCUGUACUACCUGAGCAGAGGGGGGUUUGGCACCGUCUUCAAGGCGCAGCACUCUGACUGGAGGACCACUGUGGCCAUCAAGUGCCUGAAGCUCGACUCUGUCGGAGAGAGAGAGAGGAAUUGUCUUCUCAAGGAAGCGGAGGUGCUGCACAAAGCCAGAUUUAACUACAUCAUCCAGAUCUUUGGCAUCUGCAACGAGCCUGAGUUUUUCUGCAUCGUCACAGAGUUUAUGAGCAAUGGCUCCCUGGACCUGUUGCUUCAUGAGAAGGACAUGUACCCUGUUCUUGCCUGGCCUUUGCGUCUGAGGAUCCUGUAUGAAAUAGCUCUGGGGGUCAACUUCCUGCAUAACAUGACCCCACCUCUGUUACAUCACGACCUGAAGACGCAGAACAUUCUGUUGGACGGAGAAUUUCAUGUCAAGAUUGCAGACUUUGGUCUGUCAAAGUGGCGGCAGCUCUCUGUCAGUAAAGGCUCGGGGUCGAAGCCCACAGAGAUGGAGGGCACUGUCAUCUACAUGCCCCCCGAGGAGUACGAACCCUCCAAGAGCCGUCGGGCGGAUGUAAAACAUGACAUGUACAGCUAUGCCAUCAUCAUGUGGGAGGUCCUGUCCAGGCAGAUACCAUUUGAAGAGGUGACCAAUCCCAUGCAGAUCAUGUUCAGUGUGCUGCGCGGCAAGCGGCCCGACACAAGCCAGGACAGCCUGUCCGCCGACAUCCCCGGCCGAGACACACUCAUCAACCUAAUGACCUCAGGCUGGACUUCUAACCCAGAUGAGCGGCCCUCCUUCCUCAAGUGUUUGAUCGAGCUGGAGCCAAUGGUGAGGAGGUUUGAUGAAAUCGACUUCCUGGAGGCUGUGCUGGAGAUCAAGAAGGCAAAGCUGAUGCGGAGCACAGGCUGCUGUUCGACCCAGCCCAUGUGCGAGAAGAGCAACGCUGGGGGGUCUCUGAACAUGCUGAAGGAGCGACCUAACCUGUGGCCUGAGAGCUCCCCAUCAGGUUCUGGCUCUGAGUCCUGCUCUUCCCAGGACACAGAUAUAUCUCUCCCGGGCUUCCUCACCAUCAGCAACGCUCCUCCAUCCUUAUCGGGCCCUCCAGCAUCAUUUAUAGCUCCUAGUCUGGAGCCUCCGGAGUCCCUGAAGGACAACUGCAACAAUCUGAACAGCUUCCAGGCUGUCAAACCCCAGAAGGAUUUAAACAUACCCCUGAAACCUGUCCUGCCCGCCACAGAGUUCGAAACGCAGUUGAAUAAUCUCACCCUGAAGCCACAGCCACUGCAGCAAGCUGAGUGCUCUCCUCCUUUGCCGCGCUCUUCCGCAUCACAAGGCCCCAUCGGCCUCUGGAUCUCAGCGAAGCGGGAGGAGAUCACCUCCCAGAUGACGGAGGCCUGCCUGAACCAGAGCCUGGACGCCCUGCUGGCCCGCUCCAUGCUGAUGCGGGAGGAUUACGAACUGGUGAUCAACCAGACCACGCGCACCGCCCGGGUCCGCCAGCUGCUCGACAACUGUCACCGGCACGACGAGGACUUCUGCCGCGUGGUCGUGCAGAAGCUGCUGGACAACCGGCAGAUGAGGCUGCAGCCGUACCCGCCCGGCGUCUGUUCCCCCACCGCCACCGCCGCCGUCCCCAGCGCACCGCCCCUGUCCAUGGCCAGCAGCGGCCACAGGAGCAACAGCGAGAACUGCCCGCAUUACUGA